AUGGGUGAGUGUCUGCGUAAAGCUUGCCCAUGUCUGGAAACGCUAUGGCAAAGGAUUUUUAAAGAUAAAAAGCCUCCUGAAAAUGCUGAUGGAGGAGGAGAAGGAGGAGAUGUGGAUGAUAUGUCUGAGCAGAUAUCAGCUAGCUCCGAGCCGCCGUCUCCGCAGGGCAGGUCGGCUGAGAGCAGUGCCAUCUUCACGGCGCGCUGGCCCUUUGACUCCAGGACUCCGGAGGAAAUGUCUUUCGAGGAGGGGGAACUGUUCAGUGUGAUCACCCGCAAUGGAGGCUGGUGGAGCGCGCGGAAGAUCGACAAGAACGGGCGCGUGCUGGGUCGUGGGAUGGUGCCAAGUAACUACCUGAUGAGGGCUGAGUCUCUGGAGAUGGAGCCAUGGUAUUUCGGUACUAUGAACCGCUUUGAGGCACAAAACCACCUGUUGACACCAGACAAUGAAGAGGGAGCUUUCCUCAUCCGCUGCAGUGAGAAAAACGACGUUGGACACGUCCUAUCAGUGAAGUCGGGCACUCGAGUGAAGCAUUUUAAGGUCCUCCAAUCGGACGAGAGUCAAUUUUACGUGGAGAUGAACCAGGACUUCAGCACCCUGAUCGACCUGGUGGAAUAUUAUUGCACCAACGCCCUCAACAACGCAGGCAGACUGGGAAGCCCCUGCAAGAGGAAAAAGCCCAAAGCAGAUCCUAAUUUCACGGAGGACGACUGGGAGCUCCCCAAAGAGGAGUUCACCCUAAAGGAGGAGCUAGGCAGCGGUUAUUUCUCUGAUGUCUACCGAGGACUCUGGAAAAAAAGUAUUAAUGUCGCCAUCAAGAUCAUCAAAAAUGACUCAGAGUUGAAUCACCAUGAAUUUCAUAGGGAAGUUCAGAUCUUGAAAAGUCUCCGCCAUCGCCACCUCAUCUCUCUGUUCGCUGUCUGCACGGCUUCGACGCCGUUCUACAUCAUCACUGAGCUGAUGGAGAAAGGCAGCUUGCUCAACUUCCUCAGAGGUAAGGAGGGGCAGGUUCAAGAUGUGGUGUCACUCAUUGACAUGGGUGCCCAGGUGGCUGAUGGGAUGUCAUACCUGGAGGAGCAGAACAGCAUCCACAGAGAUUUAGCAGCUCGAAACGUCCUGGUGGGGGAACACUACAUCUGUAAGGUGGCUGACUUCGGACUGGCCAGAGUGAUCAAGGAACCAUUCUACAUCACAGAAGAUAAAAAGAUUCCCUAUAAGUGGAGCGCUCCUGAGGCCAUCAGCCACGGAAAGUUCUCCAACAAAUCGGACGUCUGGUCUUUUGGUGUCUUGCUCUUUGAGAUCAUCACCUACGGAGGCGUUCCUUACCCAGCUUUCAGUAAUCAGGAAGUAUACAUUGAGGUUACCAAAGGAUACAGGAUGCCAUCUCCGCCCAAAUGUCCCAACUUUCUCUACGAUAUCAUGCUGAAAUGUUGGAGCGCCGAUCCAGCCGACAGGCCAGACUUCUCAACCCUAAAGGUUCACCUGGACAGCAGCUCCUACGAGUUGGAGUGACCUGGACUUCCUGCAGUACUUACUGUUCGCCACAGAGGGGCAGCAGAGAGCCUGACACUGAGCAGAGACUCUUUUCAUUUUUUUUUUUCUUUUAAUAGAAACAAAACAGGACUGCUUUCACAAGCUUUUUGUUUGAAAUGACUUUGAUUG